UAAAGCUGCCACUUAGUCUCAUUGGAGCUCCACUCGAAAUGGUUUUGAAGCUGUUCCCAAAAGAGGUGACGAAGCUUCCACUGAUCGGGCCACUUUUAAUACCACCAGUCAAUGUUAAAUCCGUUGCAGGAACUGCGGUAAAAGCUGCAGUCGACCCCGAGUUCGCUUCUGGAAUCAUCGAUGUGUAUGGGAUCCUUCAACACGGUCACUGAACUCGACACCAAUGGCUUAACAAAGUUUCUCUUGACUAAAAAAUCAAAUGUAACAACAACCAUUGUCUCUAAGUUUUGCCACAAAAUAAAUUUUGAAACUGAAGCAGCCUCAAGCAAUAAUAGAGAUUCAAUUUCUUUUUCUU